AAUAAACAACAGUGAAGAUAUAUUUAAUUUAUUAUUUUAACUAAACUACUCAAGAGGGGAAUUGAAAAUAAAAAACGGAACUUUGUAGUUGUAUCUACUCUAUUAUUCUUACUUCUCUCUACCUAUUUAACAAUCUUAACAAGAAUUUUUGAGUUUAUAAGUUUAUUUAUGGUUUGCUUGUAAGGCAGUUCUUAUGUUGCUGUUAUUUAUUUAGAUAAUUUAAAAUCAUCUUGAAAAUAAAAUAUGAUGUGGUUUUUAACAUUAUGUUUGAUAAUAUUCAGUGUGUCUGCAUGCAAGUUCAAAGUUGAACAAGCUAUGAAAAACCAAUUUAUCGUACCAGAUGUCAUUCCUGUAGCUCCAAAGGAAAUGUUACAAGUAUAUUAUCCGAGUGGUUUGAAAGCGGAACUUGGUAAUGAACUAACACCCACUCAGGUAAAAGAUCAGCCAUCAGUUAAAUGGAAUGCUGAACCUUAUUCAUUCUAUACAUUAUGUUUGACUGACCCAGAUGCUGGUCCUAAAUUAAAAGAAUUUAAUCAUUGGUUGAUAGGAAACAUACCAGGUAUAGAUGUGAGUAUGGGAGAAACACUGACUGCAUAUGUUGGUUCUGCAACUCCGCCAAAAACAGGCCUUCAUCGAUACACAUUUUUAGUAUACAAGCAACCAUCAAAAUUGUUAUUUAACGAGCCGCAUAUAAGUAAUAGAACUGCCGAAAAUCGUUUUAAGUUUUCAAUUCAUAAGUUUUCAAAGAAGUACAAAUUAGGAACACCUGUUGCUGGGAAUUUCUACCUCGCACAAUAUGAUGAUUCUGUUCCAAUUAUACUUCAUCAACUCGGACUACAGUAAUUGGUCAUUAACAUUGAAAUUGGAAUUUUAAUUUACUUAAGUGUCUUAGUAUGUCACUAACAUUAAAUGUAAUUUUUUUUUUUCAUUAUUUAAGUUGUUUUAAAAUAAUAAAUACAAUAUGAUUUUAUUUUUA